UAUAUAAUGUAUAUUUUCAAAUAUAUAUGUACUGAUACCAUAUAAAAGCCCAGUGCAUUAUUCAUUUCAAAAUCAUUUGAAAUCAAGACUCAACAAUGAAACCUCUUCAAUUUGUUCCAGCUUUGUUGGUGUUGUUCUGCCUUUUGGCGGUGGCUAACGCUACUCCUGGCAAGGUGUAUAUUAAUGGAAAGUGCAUUGAUUGCAAUAAGCCGGAUAACGACGAUUCUAUUGUAAUCCCCAUGGAGCGUGCGGGUUCUGCUUCAUACACUUUGACUUCUGGAGCCAUGGUCUUUGGGAUAAUAUACUAUGUUUUAAGUUUAGUUUACAAUUAAGACAUUAAUGUAAUAAAUCAAUUCAAUUGGAUGUAAAUUAUAAAAAUAUUUUAUCAAUUAAAAACAUAAAUUUCUGGUUUACUCACAUUUUUGGCUACAAUUUUUGCAUUCUGGUUUCUUAAAGUUCAAAAUGAAAUAAUUUUUUAAGUAAAAAUUAUGAUUAAAUUUGAUUUUUAUUGAUUUAUUAAAUAAAAAAUACUUUUUAAGAUCAAGUUGCUUGUUUUUUCUUACUUUUUUAUUUAAAAUAUUGUCUGUAAACAUAUAUACAUAUACUCAUAAUCUUGAAUAAUAUGUACAAAAGAGCAGAUCCUUUGAUUUUUGUCUGGAAUACACCUGAUUGAAGUAUAAACGAUUGAUUAAAUUAGUGAUUGAUAGAUAGGUCUAUCUCUAUUGAUUUUCUAUAAUAUAGACUCUAUAUUCCAGACUCUAUAUACAGAUAGACAUACGUAAACUUUCUUAUCUCUGGGAAAAUUGUAUUCUACUGAGAUUAGGGGGCAAUUCCAAGUUCAAACUGACCUUGAACUACAUUUGUAUGUAAAUUUCUUGCUUAUCAGAGAACAGGGAAAUUUCCUGAUAAUCUUUGAUAUAUUUUUGCCCUUUUUCCUGUAAAAAUGUCAGCGGCUAUAAAAGAAAGGGCUGCAAAUGAAUUCCUCACAAGGGCUCUGUAACUCGAACUAUUAAUAUGAAGUGGCUGUCAGUUAUUUGCAUUUUGGGAUCCCUUUUGGCUUUUGCCAGUGCUUCUCCAUUAGCCCCUGGAAAUGUUAUAAUAAAAGGAGACUGCAACAAUUGUAAUGUACAUGGAGGAUAAAAUUUAAUAUUUCUCGUCCAUCUAUCUUUUUAUUAAAAAUGUUGAUAAAACUAUAAUCAUAUUGAUAUAAUUCA